AUGCCAGAAAACAAUACAGUCAUUCUGGACUUCUUCCUCCUGGGAUUCAGGAAUCUAUCCUUUUACAAGUGGAUAUUAUUUGCGCUUCUUUUAGUAGUUUACGUUGUUUCUCUCAGUGGGAACCUUUUGAUCGUUACUUUAGUUUCUUUAAGUAGAAUCCUCCAGUCUCCCAUGUAUUUCUUCCUCAGUCAUUUGUCAUUUUGUGAUAUCAUCUUUACUACAACUAUUUUGCCAAAUAUGCUCUCUAUUAUACUACAUGAAGGCAGCAGAGUGUCCAUUGCUGGCUGCAUUGUCCAAUACCACAUUUUUGGCUUAUGUGCAAGUACGGAAUCAUUUCUUCUCACCACCAUGUCCUAUGAUCGAUACUUGGCCAUCUGCCAUCCAUUACGGUACACUGCCAUUAUGAAUGUAACUCUUCAAACUCUACUUGUUAUUUCAUCAUGGUUGCUAAGUUUAAUAGUCACCCUGGUCUCCCUGGUUCUCAUAUGUAGCCUUCAGUUUUGUGGCUCAAAUAUCAUUGACCACUUCUUCUGUGAUGUGGCUCCCAUUCUACAACUUUCUUGCUCAGACACAUCUAUAGUAAAAUUGGAGAUAUAUGUGUGUUCUGUUCCUAUAGUUCUUUUCCCAUUUCUGUUCAUUACAGGAAGUUACAUUUCUAUAUUUCUGAAUAUUAUACAGAUAUCUUCUACUACUGGAAGACAGAAAGCCUUCUCCACCUGCAGUUCCCACUUGAUUGUUGUAUGUCUGUACUAUGGAACCCUCUUUGCCGUAUAUGUUGUACCAACAAACUUUUCCUCUCUGAAUAUUAAUAAGAGCUUGUCUCUAUUGUACACUGUGAUUACACCACUUUUUAAUCCAAUUGUGUACACUCUAAGAAAUCAGGAUAUAAAGUCAGUACUAGAGUCUUACAUCUAUGGGAAUCAGAAAAGAUACUGA